AAAAAAAGUAAAGAGGGUAAUUUUGCCAAUGAAGGUUACAUGAAGUAUUUCCCUGGGUGCAAGAAGCAAUCCCUACUUCUAACCUAGAGCAUUCUCCCUCCAGAGCUUCUCUUCUCCGACCAUCAUCUGGGCGACGCUUGGCUUCUCCAACCAUCAUCUGGGCGACGCUUGGCUUCUCCGAGCUUCUCCAACCAUCAUUUCUGUGCGACGCUUGACUUCUCCAGCGAGAGCUUCUCCAAACAUUAUCUCUGUGAGAGGCAACCCUUUAGGCCGGCGCUUGGCUUCUCCAACCAUCGACUCUUGGGCGACGCUUCUCUUCUACAGCCCACAAAAACUACCGUCUUCAAUUCCAAGAAGCAGAAGCAGAAUCAGUUCCAAACAUCCCUUAAAUAGACGGUAUGAGUCGUAUUGCUGUGAAACUGCAACCCGGGGUUUCUAUUUCGCCGCUAUAUCUGCCCCAGUUCCUCACCGUUUUCCAAUUUCACCCCGCAGGCACUUUCAGGUCAACAUCUAGUAUAUCUCUUGCUGCGGGAAAAUUAACCGUAAAGCCAACUUCAGCAAUGACAGAUGCACCUGGUAGUGUUAAAGAACAGUUAGCUAGAUUAUUUGAAGUAUCACUUAGAGCAACAUUUCCAGAUGAAUCAGAUGUACAGCCUCAGAUUGCUAUUUGCAACAAUUCCAGAUUUGGAGACUAUCAAUGUAACAAUGCCAUGGGCUUAUGGGCUAAAAUUAGAAGCACAAAUACUAACUUCAAAGGUCCUCAACCUGUUGGACAGGCCAUUAUGUGUAAUCUUCCCCAAUCUGAUAUAAUAGAAAAGUGCAGCAUCGCUGGGCCUGGUUUUGUCAAUGUAGUAUUAUCCAGACAAUGGAUUGCUCAGAGUAUCCAAAAGAUGCUCAUAGAUGGCAUUGAGACAUGGGCUCCAAAGCUUCCUGUCAAAAAGAUUAUUGUUGACUUCUCAUCACCAAACAUAGCUAAGGAGAUGCAUGUUGGCCAUCUGAGAUCUACGAUAAUUGGAGACACCUUGGCUCGUAUGCUCGAGUUCUCUAAUGUUGAAGUUCUUAGAAGAAAUCAUGUUGGUGACUGGGGUACACAGUUUGGUAUGCUGAUCACAUUCCUCUUUGAAAAAUUUCCGAACUGGGAAGCUGCUAGUGCUCAAGCCAUUGGUGAUUUAGAGGAAUUUUAUAAGGACUCUAAAAAAAGAUUUGACAGUGAUCCUGUGUUCAAGGAGAGGGCUCAAAGGGCUGUAGUCAGUCUCCAGGGUGGGGACCAAGAUUACAGAAAAGCAUGGGCACAAAUCUGUGAAAUUAGUCGGAAAGAAUUUCAAAUGAUCUAUGAUCGACUUGGAGUACACUUGGAAGAGAUGGGAGAAAGCUUCUACAAUCCUUUUAUUCCUGAGGUAAUAGAGAUCUUAAAUAAAAAAGGCUUGGUUGAAGAAAGUGAUGGGGCUCGUGUCAUCUUCAUCGAAGGGAAAAGCUAUCCACUUAUUGUUGUAAAGAGCGAUGGGGGUUAUAACUACUCUUCAACUGAUCUUGCUGCCAUAUGGUAUCGACUCAAUGAAGAAAAAGCAGAGUGGAUUAUUUACGUGACUGAUUCUGGCCAGAGAGAACACUUUGAAAUGAUUUUUAUUGCUGCAAAACGUGCAGGCUGGCUUCCGUCUGAUGAAGUGACAUAUCCCAAAGCUAGCCAUGUGGGAUUUGGCAUGGUUUGUGGUGAAGAUGGGAAACGGUUCCGUACUCGAAGUACUGAUGUUGUCAAGUUGACCGAUUUACUCGAUGAAGCCAAGAGCCGGUGUAGAUCUGCUCUCAUUGAAAGAGGCAGAGCAGAUGAGUGGACUGAAGAGGAGCUUGAGAGAACUGCUGAAGCAGUUGGAUAUGGUGCUGUUAAAUAUGCUGACCUGAAAAACAAUAGAUUGACCAAUUACACCUUUAGUUUUGAUCAGAUGCUUAAUGACAAGGGCAAUACUGCUGUAUACCUGCUGUAUGCACAUGCACGGAUCUGUUCAAUCAUCAGGAGGUCAAAAAGAGAUAUAGAAGACUUGAUACAUAAUGGGACACUAGAUUUAGCUCAUCAAGAUGAGCGCGUGUUGGGACUUCAUUUACUCCAGUUCCCCGAGGUCGUUGAAGAAGCUUGCUCAAAUCUCCUACCAAAUAUAUUGUGCGAGUAUCUCUAUAAACUAUCUGAGGACUUCACAAGAUUCUAUAACAACUGUCAGGUGUUAGGUUCGGCCCAGGAAGAAAGCAGGCUGUUGCUAUGUGAAGCAACAGCAGUGGUCAUGAGGAAGUGCUUUCACUUGCUGGGUAUCACUCCCGUUUACAAAAUUUGAGUCUACAUUUGACAACCCAGCACUUUGUAGCUGCUAUUACGUUAAAAAGAAUAGAACCCUCAUUUUGCACACUUUCCCCCCCUUUUGGAACGAUCAAUGGUGCAUUGAGUAGGUGCACCAGUUGUGUUUCUUGAAGUUGAUUUGGCGAGAUGUAGCCGUGAGGCCUGGCUGAUAUCUUAAAUAUAAUUGAUAAGGGGGAUCACACUUUGGUCCAGAUUUGAAAGCUAUUCUUCCAGUCUAGCUGGAACUGGGCCUAUCACUAGGAACGGAAUUAAAAUGCCUUCUUUUUAAUUAUCUGCAAUUGUGGUUGGUAAGAUUCCAAAACUCACAGGUGCCGGAAUUGGUUGUGCACAACCAAGGACCGGGAUGAAGCUGUUAUACACUCAUUUCGGUUUUGAUGGUACCCAAUGGAAGAUUGGAAUUAUUGUUCUGGUAGCGGAUCAAACUAUUAUUUCAAUUUUCAAGGUUACAAGUCAUUAACGCCCUCUAGCAAGAUGUUAUUUAUACUCAAAUUAUAUAAAUAUAUAUUAAAUAUGACAAUCUUUUGAAUGAUUUAUUGUGCUAACUGAUUCCUUUUUGUUUAAUAAUAUCUCAAAUGACACAAGACUAAGUUCAUG